AUGGAAGCAGAAUUCAAUGACACCAUCUACGACACAGACUACUACUAUGACACAGACUUCACAGGACUUCAGGAUGACAUUGACAUAUAUAAGGAGUACAUGGAUAUGCAUUACAUAUUCUAUGUUGUGACAUGCAUAAUCAUCAGUAUCGGCCUUCUUUUGAUGCUCGUGACCAUCUAUGCUCUUCUGUCUCUGGUACGCCAGGGUCAAGUUGCUCCGAUAUACGUCAUCAACCUUCUCAUUUCAGACAUCAUUCAGCUCUGCUGCAUGAUUGCAUUUGUGUCAGAUCAUGAGACUCUUAUGACUGAUGAUGUCUACCGCUGUGGUCUACUGUCGAGUGUUGGCUUCAUGGUGUGCAUCUCACUGGAAAGGUACCUGGUCAUCGUCCACCCACUGUGGUACCGAUUCAAACGAACCAUCAAGAUCUCUGUGGCGGUCUGUGCCGUGGUCUGGGCCUUCCCUCCUGUUUGUUUCUUUAUUAUGAUUCCCUGGGCUACUUAUAUGGUUCAAUUCAUGGUAUUCUCAAUUAUCCUCAUCAUCCCCUUCCCACUGUUCAUCUUCUUCCUGGUCAGGACCCUCAGAGCCCUCUCUUCUUCCGUCUCGGUCCACUCUGAUGAGAAACGACGAAUAGUUGGAACUUUGGUGGUGGUGCUGCUCAUUUACACCCUGCUGUUCCUGCCCAUCAUCAUUAGGUUCCUGUUACAGGCGACUGGCUUUUACUCUUUUAAGCUUGACUUUGCGUCCGAUGCGUUUGUUAGUCUGAGUCCUCUGGCAGACUUGCUUCUGUAUAUCUUCAUCAGAAAGCAGACCAUGGGCAACUGUCUGGCCUCUGUGUGUUGUUGCAUAAAGGAGAGCAAUGAUCCCACGGCAUCAGCAGUGACUGUUGACGACAUUUAG